GGGGCGUGGCCUCGCAGUGUCAUGGCGGCGCCCAUGGCGGACGCCCCUCAGGGGGUCCCCGAAUCCCCCGGGACCCCUCAGGACGCGGCCCCGGAGGAGCCCGAGGCGUUCGAGAUUUUCCCGUUCGAGCUGAGCCGCGCCCCCCGCCCGGUUUGGGGCGCUCGGGAGGAAUUCGCGCGGCGCCCCGAAAAUUUCCUGCGAGGCUGCAAAUGGGCCCCCGACGGCUCCUGUGUCCUGACCUGCAGCAACGACAACGCCCUGAGGAUCUUCGACCUCCCCCUGCCCGCGGGACCCCCCCCGGGACCCCCCCUGCCCGAGCUGGCCCCGGCCGUGCAGGUGGCCGAAGGUGACACCAUCUACGACUUCACCUGGUACCCCCUGAUGGACUCCAGCCAGCCCCCCACCUGCCUGGUGGCCUCCAGCAGCCGCGACAACCCCGUGCACCUCUGGGACGCCUUCGAUGGGACCCUGCGGGGGUCGUUCCGCGCCCACAACCACCUGGACGAGCCGGUGGCCCCCCACUCUCUGGCCUUCACCCCCGACGGCUCCCGGCUCCUGGGCGGCUUCGACGGCGCCGUGCGAGAAUUCCCGACCGAGCGGCCGGGCCGGAGCGGCCUGGAGAGAGCCCUGAAACAGGGCGGGCAGGGCCAGCGAGGCCUGAUUGGCUGCCUGGCCUUCAGCCCCAGCCAAUCGCUGUUCGCCGCCGGCUCCUAUGGGCGGAGCCUGGGGCUGUACCCGCUGGAAGGGGGCGGGGCCGUGGCGCUCUGGCCCCGCCUCCCGGCCGCGCCCACUCACCUGCGCUUCAGCCCCUGCGGGACUCACCUGUACGCGGGGGGCAGGAAGGACUGCCACAUCCUGUGCUGGGACCUUCGUGUCCCCGACCGUCCCCUCCUGGCGCUGCCGCGGCGCGUGGCCACCAACCAGCGCGUGACCUUCGACCUCGACCCCUCGGGGCAGUUCCUGGUCAGCGGUGACACCGACGGCUUUGUCACCGUCUGGGACACCCUGACCCCCCCUGGGGCUGGGGACCCCCCCGAGCUGCCCCCCCUGCUUCGCUUCCGCGCCCUCCGCGACUGCGUCAACGGCACCAGCCUCCACCCCUGGCUGCCCCUCCUGGCCACGGCCUCGGGCCAGCGGCUCUUCCCGGCGCCGUGGGACAGCGACAGCGAGGAGGGGACAGAGGAGGGGCCAGCGCCAGGAGGGGACAUCCGGCUGCAGCUCUGGUGGUGGGGACCCGACGGCCCCGGGGACAGCGGGAGCGGGGACUGUCACCAGCCUGGGGACAAUGAGAGUGGUGAC